AUGGUUAUUGUCCGGUCUAUAGCAAAGUACAUCAAAAUAAUUCCGAGGUUUGUGUUCCUGGUAUGCUGUAGUUUGUUGAUACUCUUCGGUGUACGACUAUACAACGGUUCUGCUGCUAUUGUUGGUAGUCAAACCAGCAGUAAAAGGGUCUUUGGAAAGGAAAAUGCCUCCAGUCAGACUCCACACAAACAUAGUCCUGUUCGUCAUGUUGCAUUUUUAAAGGUAGACAAAGCCGGCAGUACAUCAGUUGGGAAUAUAUUUCUACGUUAUGGGGAGGAAAUGAAUCUUACCUUUGUCUUGCCAAGAAAUCACACGAUGGGUGGUUACUUAUUCACCUCCAAGUAUUUCUUCCCGCCACCAAACGAUACAAAGUAUGAUAUCUCUUGUGCGCAUGCGAAAUACAACAGAACAAAGUAUGAAUCAUUUCUUCCUUCCGACACCAAAUAUAUUGGAAUCAUGAGAGAACCAUUUAGCCAUUUUCAAUCUUGCGUCAGAUUUUAUCGUCCAAAAAGAGUUUUAGAUAUUACGGGAAAAAAUCCAGUUUUGAAUUUUUUGUCUCUUAGUAAAGAUUUUAGGAAUAAAACGGACCGCGUUGAAAUCAUAUGCAAUCCGACCGCAAGAUAUCUUGGUUUUCCAAACGGAAUAUUCAAUAAGAAACGGGAUCAAGGUCAGAUCAAUAAUUAUAUUCGACAACUUGAAAAGGAUAUUAAUUUUAUGCUUAUAUUAGAAUAUCUAGACGAAUCUAUUGUGUUGAUGCGCCGGAUCUUAAAAUGGGAUCUCCGACAUGUAUUGUACGGCAAACAAGUUGUUAACAACGUGGAAGAUCCUCGAUUGAAAUUUGGAUAUGAAGAGGCAAUGCUUCAUAAAAGCUGUGCACAUUUAGAUUAUCGACUGUAUAACCUUUUCCUGGACAAAUUCAAAGAAAGUGUGAAAAAUCAGCCAUCCGAUUUUCGUGACGAGGUGGCAUACUUCAGAACAGCUCGAAUAAAGUACAAUAACUUUUGUUUAUCAUUGCUAUCUGAUGUCAAGAUCAACUCGUCCAUUUCAUUUGACGGCAGUCCAUGGAAUAAACCAUUCGUUGUCACAAGGGAAAAUUGUAGGAAAAUGUAUAUGGGAUUUGCAGAAUUUUCUCGAUACAUUGCUACAGAAACAGAAUUCAAGUCAGGCCUAUCUAUACUGAUUCAACCUUACUACAAGAAUCUUUUUCCUUAUUGCUAA